AAAAGAACCGGUGGUUUUUUAAAUUAAGGGUGCCCCGAACGGACAGAGACAUGAGCAGGUUCACCAAAAAUUCCCCGACAAAUUGCGUGAUUUUUUUUUUCCGUAGGUCGUGACAUGCAAACAUAAAAACUCAAUACAAAAUCGUGAUAUAUUGGUACACAAUAUCGUCGAGUGAGAUCAUGUUCUGCUGUGUCUUCGAGGCCUGCAUUUCUGCUAAGCUCAAAACUUGCAAACCCUAAUUAAGCAUCCGGUCACAUGGAAGAUCAUAAGGAAAACUUGUUUGCCGGGCUACCUCCUCCUUCAUCGCUCGCCGAAGCGCCUCAGCCCUCCGCAAAGCAGAAUGCCGCGAAUUUCAAGACAGAGGUUAAGCCCCUGGUUCCACCUAAGCCAACGGAAGUCCCCAAGGGCGCGCUUAAGCGGCCAGAUAAGAGGUCCGCAACACAGGUCGAAGAUAACAAAGAAGUUGGGGAUAAGGAAGCUUCCAAACGUGUGAGAUUCAAGAUGACUGUUGAUGCAAGUACAAAACAAGUUUUAGAUGCCAUGCAAAAGAUAUCAACUCAUAUUGGAAAUCCUGCUAAAUUCAGUAAGGCAUCAAAAUUGGCAUUGCAGUUAGUGCAAGCAGGCAGUGUGAAUGCAGAAACUUGUGAUCGUUUUUUUGAGGUACUCCAAGCUGCAAUGGCUUCUCCAUCCUCCUGCACAAAUCCUGGACUGAGAGCAGAUUAUCAUGCACUUUUCUCUGCAGCACAAGAUAUUGUCAAUUGCUUCAAUAAACAACAGCAACAGCAAUUGGAGACUUGGAUUAUCCGUGCACAAGUGGCAAAUGAUCUUUUUACUGAUGACAGCUUUAUAUUUUCCAAAGCUUCUGCACGAGUAAGGCAGGCAAUAAGCUCAUUACCUGAGGCAUCAACUGAAGACGAUAUCUUGGAAGAAAUGUUGUUAUCGAGUAGGGAAGAUGAAAAUGGUUGUGUUGGAAAACCCAAAGACAUACCAGACGAAGGGUUACAGGAAUCAGAAGCCUAUCCAAUAAAACAAGUUCCAUCUACUACAGAUGAACUGGAGACUGACCCUUUUGGGCUGGAUGCUCUUUUACAAAAACCAUCAAAAAAGGAUGAAAAGGCAAGGAAAAAGAAAGAUGAAGCAGCUUCAAACAAAAAAGCACUGGAUGAUGCUGGAAAGAUUUUGAGAGAACAUCGAGAAGCUCUGAUGCAGUGUCUAGAGAUAGGAGCUGGUCGCUACAGAGUUCCUUGGGCACAGACCAUGAUUGAUAUCUUGGUGAAGCAUGCUUAUGAUAGCAUAUCAAGAUUUACAGCUCGACAAAGAGAUAUUAUAGAAAAAUUGUGGGCAUCUAUUCGAGAUCAGCAAAUGAGGAGAAGACAAGGAAAGUCUGCAACUGGAAAGCUUGAUGUAACUGCAUUUGAGCGGCUACAGGAGCGAUAUGCAAAUGAAAAGAUUAGCAUACGUCAUGGUGUCGGGGAUGGUGGAGAGCGUCGUGCACAGCAAUGGCUAGGAUGAUGUCUUCAUCAAUUUCUUCCAUAUCAUCUGUAUUUAUAUAUUUUUCCCACAAUGAUCCUUUCUUGCAGAGGGACAAAAGCAAUGUAAAGGAAAAAUGUUACAUUUUGUAUUUGGUGAUUCUUGGUUCUCCUAAUUCAAAUCUGAUCAACCUUAAGAAAAACCCAAUUAAUGAAAUUAUAAUGUGACAUAAUUUUAGAGGGUUUAUUCCAAGGUUAUACUGAUGUACGCAUAACCAGGUGUGGAUCUCCAA